AUUCAGCUUUAAAUCUUGAACGUUUGACUAUUUCAAAAAUAUUAAAAGAAAAAGAACAAUGGUUGGCAAUUACUGAUACUAGCAUAACUAACUAUCAGUUACAUGAAGAAUCCAAUAGUACACCUUUAGAAUUGCUUCCAAAACAAAGAGCUAAGUUACAUGAAAUAAUUAGAAAAUAUCUCUUAAAUGAUGUUUUCAAUGCAGAUGAAAUGGGCUAA